UUGUGUCUCUUGCGUGACGGAAGAAUCAACAACACAAGUGUCUCUAAAAGACCAAAGCCACGACACGAAAGAGGAACACAUAAACGUCCAUACCUCAAACAAAACUCUUCUUUCUUCUUCUUCUUCUUCUUCUUCAAUUCGAUUUCUAAAGUCAAAAAGUCAAAACUAAACAAAAAUGGAGGAAAUACUAUUCGAUGAGAUUCUCCAGGAGAUAUUUACCAGAUUGCCAUCAUCGUCUUCUUCGUUACCUACUUUCGAAUCAGUUCCUCUUGUCUCCAAGCGAUGGCUUCGUCUCUACAGAGCCUCGAAGACUUCCAUGUCCUUACGAGUCAACCCUCACGACAGCUCGGUAAUUACCUUUUUACCCUCCAUCCUCCAUAACCAUCCUUCUCUCUCUUCCCUCUGGUUCGUCUCCGACCCCAAAAUUCCGAUCCUAUUCCCCUCUGCUGCGGAAUCUAACUUCAACGAUCAUCUCAUCUCGAUCGUCUCUUCUCGCUGCUUCAACCUCCGAAAACUCUGUUUCUUGGUCAAUCCACUUCCUCCGUCUUCCUUGCUUCCUCUCUCUACUUCCUUGUCUCUCACUUCUCUCUCUCUCAAACUGUUGGGACCCGUUUCCUUCAACUGGGUUGCUUCGUUUCCUUCUCUCAAGGACUUAUCGGUCGACGUCUGCUCGAGAAACUCCUCAGGCUCCUUAACCGGGUCAAACCCGAACCCGGAAGUUGUCGAAUUGGGUUUGGAGUCGGUUUCCUUAACCGGAAUCCAGUCAGACGAUACCGGAGUCACCUGGUUAUGGAGGAGAUGCAGAAAGCUAAAGAAACUGUGUCUGAAAUCAUGUGAAACCAUCGGAGAAACAGAGCUCUUCGCUUUGUGUCUGAAGAAUGUCGAAGAGAUUGAGCUUAGGACAUGUAGGAGUAUUGUUGACGUGGUCCUGCUGAAAGUUUCAGAGAUUUGUGAGUCUCUCAAUUCUCUGUUGAUCUACGACGGUGGUAACAAAGACGGUUUAGUUCAUUUCAUGAACAAUUCUAGAUGCAAUGAUACUUUGAAGACGUUAGAUUUGCGUCUUCCUAUGGAUUUGAUGGACGAGCAUCUCGUCUCUCUCGCUGCGAGUUUCAAAUCUUUGUCUGCUCUUAGGCUUACGAGCUGUUACUUUGUGACUGGUCACAGUCUAAAGAUCUUAGCUUUAAGCUUUUGUUCGAGUCUUGAAGAGCUUUCUUUGCGUAGCUGCGACGCGGUUGAGAGAGAACCAGGUUUGUUGGCGACGUUAGGACAGCACUUGGGGAGGUUAAGGAAACUGGAGUUGUCGUUUAACGAGUGGUUAUACGACAAGGUCGUUUCCAUGUUAGCUUCUUGCAGUGGUUUGGUUGAGUUGGAUUUGAGAGGAUGCAAGAACUUGACAGGUUCAGUAUUGGUUUCUCUGAACAAAAGCUGUGUGGAGUUGAGGAGUUUAGACAUUGCAAGCUGUCGACUGAUUCAGGCUGGUGAAGUGGAGGCUUUUGUUAUGAAGUCGCAACGGUUGAAGAAGAUUGUGGUUGAAGAGAACAAGAUUACAGAGGCUGCCAUGAGAUGGGCUUCGAGUAAGUUAAUUGACGUUGUUGCUCUUGAUUCAGAUGUUCCUUGGUAGUUACGUGGGUUGGUGUUUGAACAAGAAAAAGUAACAUAUGCCACACACAACGAAACUGUCUAUGUGAUGUGUAUAUAAGGCAUAAGUGUAUAUUACAUGAAUAAAGUGGAAACUCAGUGAUAUGUUCUUUUCCAAAAAGA